AUGGAUACCUUAAAGACUGCUGUAAAGACUAAUGUCGAAGCUAAAUAAAGCGACACAAAUGCUAUUCACUCAUUUACUUAAGAUGAAGUUAAUGCUUACUGCGAACAUAUUAACUACUAUCUUUCUGAUGAUGCUGACCUCAAAGAAUUAUUGCCAAUUGAUCCUUAAAGCAAUAAGAUUUUUGAAGCUGUUGGAGAUGGUGUCUUGCUUUGCAAAUUAAUCAACAAAGCCACUCCUGGUACUAUUGACCCUAGAGCCAUCAACACCAAGAACCUUAACAUCUUUAAGAAAAAUGAAAACUUAACCUUAGCUAUAGCUUCUGCUAGAGCAAUUGGCUGUGUUUGCGUUAAUAUUACAAACAAUAGCAUUAUAGAUAAGAGAGAACAUAUUAUUUUGGGUCUUGUUUGGUAGAUUAUCAAGGCUUAAAUGUUGUUUAAGAUUGACUUGAAAAACCACCCUUAUUUGAUUAGACUUAAAAAGGAAGAAGAAGAAAUUAGUGAUCUUCUUAAACUCCCUAAAGAAGAACUUUUGAUCCGUUGGUUCAAUUACCAUUUAGAAAAUGCUAAGCACUCAACUAAGAUUAAUAACUUUUCUAAGGAUGUUUCCUCAGGUACUGAAUACACAGUUUUACUCAACCAAAUUGCUCCUGAAAAGUGCAACAAAGACGGAUUAAAUUUAGAACACCUUGAAAGAUGCAAGAAGGUUAUUAAUGAUUCUAAACUUUUGGGAGUACCUCCUUGUAUUAAGCCUUCUGAUAUUGUAAAUGGAAAUCAAAAGCUUAACUUGAUUUUCUGUGCUCACUUAUUCAACAAUUGCCCUGGUUUAACUCCUACUGAACAAGAAAAAAUUGAUGCUGCUGGCAUGAUAGAUGAUGAUAACGAUCCUGAAGCUUCUCGUGAAGAAAGAGUUUUCAGAAUGUGGAUGAACUCUUUAAAUAUUGAAGAUGUUUAUCUUAACAAUAUGAUUCAAGAUUUAAGAGAUGGUAUCGUUUUAUGUAAGAUUAUGGAUAAAUUAGCUCCAGGAAAAGUUGACUUGAAGAAGGUUUCAAAUAAAAACUCUAAAUUCACUAAAAUACAAAACGCUAACUACGCAGUAUAAUUAGCUAAGGAUUUACAUUUAUAAAUUGUUGGUAUUGGUGGUACUGAUAUUGUAGAUGGUAACAAAAAGCUUAUCCUUGCUAUUGUUUGGUAACUCAUGAGAAAGUAAUCAUUACAGGUUAUUGGUGAAUUGAAUGAACAAAAAUUAGUAGAAUGGGGUAAUAGUAGAAUUCCUCAAGAUAAACAUAUAACUGGAUUUAAAGAUAAAUCUCUUAAAAACUCACAUUUCUUCUUCAAGAUUAUGGAAUCUAUUGAACCUAGAGCUAUCAAUUAGGAUUUGAUAACUCCUGGUGAGACUGAUGAAGAAGUCACUAACAAUGCUAAAUACGCUAUCUCUGUUGCUCGUAAGCUUGGUGCAGCAGUUUUCCUUGUUUGGGAACACAUUAGAGACGUCAAUCCUAAAUUUUUAAUGACAUUUACUGCUUCUCUCUACCACUGUGCUAAAGAAUACGAAGGAAAGAAGGUCUAAUGA